CUUCUCAUUUCUCACCCAUCCUCACGCCACCCCCCCAUCCGCACCUAUAAUGCUCUGAAAAAAUAAGUUUACCUGAGCAAAUGGCCGACGAGCCCUCCCUCCCCUCCCUGCCCUCGGGCCUCGCCCCCAGCUUCUACAGCACCAGCGGCCGUCCCGGAAAGCGCGCGCGCCUGAGCUCAGCGCCGAUAUCGAGCGAUCCCCCGCUAUUUUCGAGCGAUGACGAUCCCAGCGCGGAGAAUUACUCUGAUCCGAAGAGGAGGCAGAAGAUGAGGUAUAAGGGGCCGUGGUAUAAGCAGGAGCCUGAUAAUUCGGGAUCUACUAAUCCGGGGGAGAGGAAGGGGAAGAGGACGUUGGAGAGGCAGUUUGAUAGUGGGGUUUGGUUGGGGAGCGAUAGUACGGAUGAUGAUGAUGGUGCGGAUUAUGAUUUUUUGAAGGGGGCGAGGGUUCCGGAGUUUUUGGCGAGGGGGGUGCCGGUGGCGAUGAGGCCGUCGCCGUUGAGGAGUCGGGUUAUUAUUCCUUCGGCGGAAUACCCGUCUCAGGAAGAGCAGGCUCGUCAACUCAUACAGCAGUGCUUGGAGGAAGGCAAUGAGGAUGUGGAUCUCUCUGGAAAGGGCCUAACAAGUCUCUCAAAUGGAGCCAUCAGAUCUCUCGCCUCCUUCUCAUCCAUCCCAGUCCUGACCCAAGGAUCCUACCAAACCCUCCUCCCAAAAUUGAGGAUAUUUUUGGCUAGAAACGAACUAAAGCGUUUGCCUGGGGAAAUAUUCAACCUUGAGAACUUGAGCGUGUUGAGUGUACGCAGCAACGAGCUGACGGAGCUCCCUACGUCAAUCAAUAGGUUACGGCGCCUCACUGAGCUGAACGCUUCGAACAAUGCCCUUCGCACGCUUCCAUUUGAGCUGCUAGACUUGCUGUCCUGCCCGAGCAGGAUAAAGAUACUUCACCUCCACCCAAACCCGUUCUAUGAACCCCCCGCAGCCGACGGCAUAACAGAGACCGGGCUGCCCGUAGACGAGGACAGUGACCAGAGGACAUGGGGUUCCAAAACCUGCGACAACCCCGAACACGACCACGCCAGAAACUCCGAAUGGAGACGAAGAUUCAAAUGCCGCUCCCAAGUCAAAUUCUUCGACCUGCACGGCUCCCCCGUCAAAGCCCCCGAAGUACCAACGGCCCGUCCCGCCUCCAACACGCCCUCGCUACUAGAGCUUUGCGUCAAGACCUGGGCCGACACGCCGAACAUGCCGAAUCUCAACGAGUAUCUGAGCGGAGACUACCCGGAGAAGCUGCAGCAUGUGCUGGACGAUGCGAGGAGGCUGCGCGAGACAGAGGUGCCGGGGAGGAAAUGUACGAUUUGUGAGAGGAGGUUUGUGGUGCCGAGGACGGAGUGGAUUGAGUGGUGGGAGAUUGAACAGUCGCCGGCGGGGAAGGUUACGGCGGAGGAGACGGUGCGACCGAGGGAUGUUAUAGAGAGGCAGUUGCCGUUUAUGAGGAGGGGGUGUAGCUGGAAAUGUGUUCCGCCUAAGAGGGUUGAAGGGGGGGAGAUGGUGGUGGAGGAUUGAUACCAGUGUAGUUUGAAUCGACGGAAUUAAUAUAUAGAUCUGUAUUUCCGGGCAACUGGAUUUUUAUUGUAGCU